AUGGCGACCUACCCUUACAGCCCCCUCAAUCUUCCGCAUGAAAUUCGUGUUCUCACCGUUCAACCAGGAAAGUUUGCCGACGAUUUGGUAUGCGGUCUUUCACACAUUAAACUUGAUUCACCCGACGAACCAUACGAAGCGCUGAGCUACUGCUGGAGCAAAGGUGUCGACCUCGACGACAUUGAUCCGGAUACCGAAAUUCCCUGGGCCGUUCAUGGCAAGGACGACAAUGGCGAGCUCAUCACGAAAUCAGGCAGACUGCCAUGGAAAGACUUAGUAGACCACCCCUACUUGGGCGAACAGUACAUUCGCAUGGGCGGAAGAAUGCCCGAUGCCUCCAUCAUCUGCGACGGAGUCCCUGUAACCGUCGGUGGUGAGCUUUUCCGCGCUCUGAGGAGAUUUAGAGAGGAAGAAGGCCCGCCGCUACGAAUUUGGGUCGACGCGCUGUGCAUCAAUCAGUGA